GCCAAUCACACUCUUCUGCAAACUUGUUUGUCUUCUUAUUAUAAUUGUAAAGUUGUUCUGAAGUAGCUGCGUUCUCAUAGGAAUGAAGCAACAAUGUACUCGUCUUUUUGUUGCGCCUUUAGAAAAUCUGCAACACCUUCAACCAGCUAGCUAAGCUUCAAAGUAUAAAGAGGAAAAAAAAGAAGAAUGACAGAGCAUGUUGGAGGAGAUGAUAUGAGGAUUAAAGUUGAUACAUUGGCAACUGAACUGGAAAAGUUGAUGUCUGAUACUGUGUCAAUGGCACCUCAACAUAGUCCCUGCAUCUUUGGAGUCCCAAACAUAUUAUCAAGGCAUAAACCAGAAGCUUAUGCACCCUAUGCAUUUUCAUUUGGGCCAUUCCACUACACCAAAUCACAUCUACAAGCCACCCAGAAAAUCAAGCUCAGAUAUUUGCAUGAACUCACCUCCCGUUUUCCUGACCCCAAGAGGAAACUGAUGGAGCUCACUACAGCCCUUAUUGAGGUUCAAAAUGAGGCUCGGGAGUGCUACGAAGGAUCAAUCGAUACGAAUAUGGAUGAACUUGUAAAAGUGUUAGUACUCGAUGGCUGCUUCCUCAUUGAACUGUUCUGCAAAUGGAGGUAUUUCAACCUCACUGGAAAAGAUGACCCCAUCUUCGGUGUCAACUGCAUGACCACAUUGCUGUAUCAUGACUUAAUUUUGUUGGAAAACCAAAUACCUUGGCUAGUGCUUGACUGUGAUAACCAGGCCCAAAUAUCAUUAGACCCCAAGCCCAUUCGAACAAAGGCCCAGAACUGGUUGGAUGAAGCAGCCGAAAUAGCUAAGUGCACUCAAGAACAGCCAGAAAAUGCAGCAAGAGAAACUGUUGAGGCAAACGAAGGGAACCGACUGAACAACACAGCGCGUGAGAAAAGGGCACGCGCACAACCGAGAUGGAUGAAGGAUUUCGUGAUAGCCGAGACGCACUGUUUGUUUCACGAGACCAUGGCUCCACUCGUAAAUCUUCCAUUGAAUAUACUAGUAACUAGUUACUUCAAGGGCAUUAUCUCUAGAGGAGUAGACCUUCAUGAAGAUGAUUACAAAUGCGAAAACAAGCACAUUCUGGAUCUAUUAAGGAACUCACUGGUUUUUCCUUCUAGUAUUGCAAAACAAGAAAGAAGUUUGAAUUGUUCCACCGAUAAUUGGCAACUAAUGCCACCUGCUACAACUCUGCAAGAGGCAGGAAUAAAGUUCAAGAAGGCUACAAGUGGUACAUUUUCUAGUAUUUUGGAUAUCAAAUUCAACAAAGGUGUAAUUGAGAUUCCUUCACUAUUCAUUGGGGACUGCACAGAGUCUCUGUUCAGGAAUCUGAUAUGCUUUGAGCAAUGCCUCCCUAAUUGUGGUGAAGUGAUUAGUUCUUACAUGGCAUUGUUAAACUACCUCGAUAGUACUGCCCAUGACACAGAAAUAUUUAUAAAGAGUGGGAUCAUUGAAAAUUGGGUGGAUAUUGACGAUGCCACCAUAUUCUUCAACCAAAUCUUCAAUGACAGUACUAUUUUUCAUUUCUACUAUCUUGAUCUUGUGUGGGAGGUAAAUAAAUAUUGUGAACGCAGUUGGCCGAGAUAUCGAAGAGUUCUUAUGCAUAACUAUUUCAAGCAUCCGUGGGCACUUAUUUCGGUCGUAGUUGCAGCUAUCCUACUCAUUCUUAGUUUCUUACAGACUUUAUUCACCAUAAUUAAAUAGCUUGAUUGGGGGUGUGUAAUUUGGGCUGCUAUUUACUGUAAUGUAUUAAUGUAACUAUAUAACUGCAAACUGCUAAUUAGGAACAUAAAAAUAGAAAAAUGCAACUUGAUGACUAA